AUGUCGACGCUAGCCUCAACCUUGCCUCCCCGUGACGACAUAGACGCCACGCAAGUACCCUUUGUUCGAACUCACCUAUACUUCAUGACCGAGCCAGAAGAGAACGUGGAUGCGAAGACACGCACAAAUCGCUACAUGGGCCUCACCUCGGCCAUCUUCAACUAUUGCAAAUCUCCGCAGAAGGCUGAUGACGCAAGUGGCGGGCUGAUUUACGAUAGACUGGACAGUUUCUUGAAGCAACACCUCGAAGGGUUGCGGCAAGCGGAUAUGUCCACGGACGAGUCAUAUCUUACCGCAUUGCGCCGAUUCAAGGCCACAGCCCGACGCCACCAACGCAUAUUCAAUCACGUAGAUCGCCAUUAUGUUGUUCGCAUGAUGGACGAGAAGAAAGAAGUGCACGACAUCUAUGCGUUGCACGUGGCCCGGUGGAACGAGUAUAUGGGUGUAAGAAUGAUGGAGGAAUGGACUGACGAGAGAUGA